AUCAGCAGAAAUGAUACCGGGCAUUCUCUCCACCCCCUUGAACCGAGCAGCUCCGUGUUGGCCACAGCUGAAGUAAAGUCGCCACUUUGCCUCCGGGGCGGAGGGCUUACUUCACACGGCGGAGGAGCCAUGGAGACUGAAAUGUUAAAGUUCCUCUGCGCUAACCAGGGAGCAGCGGACGCGGAAGAUUUGAUCUGCAAUCUUUUCCCGGGAAAGUCCACGAACGAGGUGGUUUCCAACCCGAGCAAGUUCGCCCUGUGCUCCAGCGAUGGGAAGCAGAGAGUGGUGGCCAGGACCAGUCUGAAGCUGUGCAGGAAGAAGGACUGCCCGGAGCCGUGCAGGGGGCUACACCUGUGUAAAAACUUCCUGUACAGCGGCUGCUGUCAGUUCCUCCUCAGGAGAGGCUGCAGUUUCCCGCACAGUUUGGACUCUGUCUACAACCAAACGCUACUGAGAGAACAUGAGCUGGAGGCCCUGAGCAGGGAGGAGCUGUGUAUGCUGCUGCUGCAGAGUGAUCCCUCCAUGCUGCCUUCCAUAUGUCAUGAUUACAAUAACGGCGACGGAGUCUUCGGCCGGUGUGCGAGCGGCCUAAACUGCGAGAGGCUCCACAUCUGUGAGAGGUUCCUGACCCGGUCCUGCACCUGCACCCGGGCCCAUGACUUUUUUGCUUUUCAGCCGAUAAAAAUCCUGCGCGCAAAGAUGGUGCCCGACAGCAUCAUUCAGUCCCUGAAGUCCGUUUACGCAAACAGAAAGGCGUUGUGGGUGUCCAGCAGAGGGGGCGCUGGCAGGGGGCACAGGGGCAACCACAGCUCUGGUGAUGGGCCCAAUUACGGGCAAAGGCGAGGUUACAGAGGACGAGUGAGAGGGGGCGUCAGGGGGCAUAGAGGCAUGAGGGGCAGCCGGGGAAAUGGAGGACACUCAAUGCAACAACCGCCUGUUUAUGGCGACGCGCUGGGUGACCUUUAUGGAUAUCAGCCGUUGACUGAAGACGGAUUUAAUGACAAUGAAAGUCUGCUGGGAGAUUUUAAUUCAUCCAGCAGUGACAUCUCUGCUACCGGCCACGACAUCGACGCAAGAAGUGACAGCGGUUUGAACGCCGAGCCGAGGCAGUGGUACCGAGGGAGAGGGGGCAACAGGGGGGCCAGAGGCACCAGGGGGCAAAGAGGAAACAGGGGAGGCAGGGGAAAUGGAGGAAACCAACCAGAACAACUGCGAUCCACUUCCUUCAGCGACAUCUGGGGCGAGUUUGAAGGCUUAAACCCGUUCAGCGAUAGUGGACCGGGCCGAAGCGCGAGUCGCCAGCAAGAUUACGAUUCAUCCAACAGUGACAUCUCCGGCGUCACCGACGCCGCCGAGAAGAGCGGCAAAGGUCGUAGUAGGAAGCCCCGCUCAAGAAGUCGCAAUAAAACUUCCGCGGGUAAGGGGAGAAGCGACGACCAACAGGGGCUCCAAAGAGCCUCGGCCGUUGACGGUGUUUCUGUUGCUGGUAGAGAAGAGGGGAAUGGAGGGGAUGAGUCAAGUAGAAGACAAAGAAACAUUCCUGCGAAGGACAAAACCGAGAUAUGCAUGUACUUCAUCAAAGGCUACUGCAAGCAUGAAGACAAGUGUUUUAAAGCUCACGACAAGAUGCCGUACCGGUGGCAGGUCCGGGAAGGGGAUCAGUGGAACGUUUUGCCUCAUAAUGAGGCAAUAGAGAAGGAAUACUGCGACCCAUGCAACACAUACAGUAGUAGUGGCAGUCCACCUGUGCAUUUCGACACCAUGACGCGUGGGGACAACAAAGUCCGCAGGCUGUCUACGAUAAACUCUUUGGUCGAGCCGAGCUUCAUUCACACCACCGUGUGGCUCUGGUACUGGCAGGACGAGUUUGGAAAGUGGAACCUGUACGGUUCAGAUGGCACCGGAAAGAAAUCAGCCGACAUCAACAGCGCCACCCUGGAGCAGAAGUUUCUGGACGACGAGAACGGCGUUGUGGAGUUCUCUGCCGGCUCCCAGUCUUAUUCUCUCAGUUUCCAGGACAUGAUUCAAACAAACAAGCAGUACGGCACUAAGAGGCUUGUGAGCAGGCGUCCUCAGUUUGUCUCUGCCGCAGAGGUCCGGACAAAGAAAGCGAGAAGGCCUCCAGCAAGUUCUCCAUCUGUGCCAGACAGCUGGGACAAGACACAGAUCCCUCCAACAGGAUUCUCGAAAGUGGCCCUCCCGCGCACUUCGGAUGAGUUUCAAAGGCUUGAAACACUUUUUUGUACAACACUGAGAGGCUUCGAUAUUAUCAAGAUAGAGAGGAUUCAGAACAAAGCGCUUUGGGAAGUCUUUCAGUGGCAAAAGAAUCAGAUGAAGAACAACAACGGUGGACGUGAGGUGGAAGAAAAACAACUUUUUCAUGGCACCAACUCUAAACAUGUGGAUGCCAUUUGCCUGAACAACUUUGACUGGAGGAUCUGUGGUGUUAAUGGAACAGCUUAUGGCAAAGGAAGCUACUUUGCCCGUGACGCUAAAUACUCUCACAGUUACACCGGCGACUCUGACGUCAAAAGCAUGUUCAUCAACCGUGUUCUUGUGGGCAGCUACACUAAGGGGGAGUCCAGCUACGUCCGGCCUCCUUCCAAAGACGGCGGAGACAUAAACUUCUACGACAGCUGCGUCAACGACGUCACAACGCCUUCCAUAUUUGUUGUGUUUGAGAAGCACCAGAUCUAUCCCGAGUACCUGCUGCAGUACAAGGCCAAACAGCUACUAGUUAGUGGAACACCGGUGCCGGUGCAGCAGCCGAACCCAGUGCCUGCACCUAAACAGCAUGUGUAUCGACCCAGCUCCUCAUUAAAUCAGCCCAGCACAUUGUCGUAUCGUUCCAGCUCCUCAUCAUAUCAGCCCAGCACAGCAUCGUAUCAACCCAGCACAGCAUCAACGGAAUGA